UCGCUACUGCCGCACCAAUGCCUCCGCUGCCCUCCUACCCGCCGGGUGUCCUGCAGACCCUGCUCCGACCUUAGGGCUCCGACCGUAGGGCCCCGACCUCUCCCUGCCUGGGGAGCGGACUACUUUUAAUUCCAAGGAGAAACUGGAAGCACAAUGGGCGAUGACAGUGAAUGGUCAAAAUUGCCGGUUGAUCAGAAGUGUGAACACAAGCUGUGGAAAGCAAGGUUAAGUGGAUAUGAAGAGGCCCUGAAAAUCUUCCAAAAAAUAAAGGAUGAAAAGAGCCCAGAAUGGUCCAAAUAUUUGGGAUUGAUAAAAAAAUUUGUCACUGAUUCUAAUGCAGUGGUUCAGUUGAAAGGACUUGAAGCUGCACUUGUUUAUGUUGAAAAUGCCCAUGUUGCAGGAAAAACCACGGGAGAAGUUGUGUCAGGUGUUGUAAGUAAAGUUUUCAACCAACCUAAAGCCAAAGCCAAGGAGCUGGGCAUAGAGAUUUGUCUCAUGUAUAUAGAGAUUGAGAAAGGAGAGGCUGUGCAAGAAGAGCUCCUGAAAGGUCUGGAUAACAAGAACCCCAAGAUCAUAGUGGCCUGUAUAGAGACACUGAGGAAAGCCUUAAGUGAAUUUGGUUCUAAAAUCAUCUUGCUUAAGCCAAUUAUCAAAGUGUUGCCAAAACUCUUUGAGUCUCGAGAGAAGGCUGUUCGAGAUGAAGCCAAACUAAUUGCUGUGGAGAUUUAUAGAUGGAUUCGGGAUGCCCUGAGACCCCCAUUACAAAAUAUAAACUCUGUACAGUUAAAAGAACUAGAAGAAGAAUGGGUGAAACUACCAAUGGGUGCUCCCAAACCAACUCGAUUUCUGCGUUCCCAACAAGAGCUGGAAGCUAAGUUAGAGCAGCAACAAGCUGCUGGUGGUGAUGCUGAAGCGGGUGGUGACGAUGGUGAUGAAGUGCCACAAAUAGAUGCAUAUGAGCUUUUGGAAGCAGUAGAGAUCCUUUCCAAACUUCCCAAAGACUUUUAUGACAAAAUUGAGGCAAAAAAAUGGCAAGAAAGAAAAGAAGCCCUGGAGGCUGUAGAAGUACUAGUGAAAAACCCUAAACUGGAAGCAGGAGAUUAUGCGGAUUUAGUAAAAGCUUUAAAGAAGGUUGUUGGAAAAGAUACCAAUGUCAUGUUGGUAGCCCUGGCAGCAAAAUGUCUUACUGGCCUGGCUGUUGGGCUGAGGAAGAAAUUUGGACAAUAUGCAGGACAUGUUGUGCCAACCAUUUUGGAGAAAUUCAAAGAGAAGAAGCCUCAAGUGGUGCAAGCCCUGCAAGAGGCAAUUGAUGCAAUCUUCCUCACUACCACAUUACAGAACAUUAGUGAGGAUGUAUUAGCAGUGAUGGAUAAUAAAAACCCAACCAUCAAACAGCAGACUUCUCUGUUUAUUGCAAGAAGUUUCCGCCAUUGCACUGCUUCUACCCUGCCAAAGAGCUUGUUAAAGCCCUUUUGUGCUGCUCUACUCAAGCACAUCAAUGAUUCUGCUCUUGAAGUCAGAGAUGCUGCAUUUGAAGCAUUGGGUACCGCUUUGAAGGUGGUUGGUGAGAAAGCAGUCAACCCAUUUUUAGCUGAUGUAGACAAACUCAAACUUGAUAGGGCUGGUGGACUACCUAAAAAGGGAAAACCAACUGCACCAGGAGGUACAGGGAGCAUUGGAACCAAGAACAAAAAAGGAUUGGAGACCAAAGAAAUAGUGGAGCCUGAGCUCUCGAUAGAAGUAUGUGAAGAAAAAGCUUCAGCUGUCCUUCCCCCUACCUGUAUACAGUUGCUUGACAGCAGUAACUGGAAGGAAAGGCUAGCCUGCAUGGAAGAGUUCCAGAAGGCUGUUGAACUGAUGGACCGAACUGAAAUGCCAUGCCAGGCAUUAGUGAGGAUGCUGGCCAAAAAACCUGGAUGGAAAGAAACCAAUUUUCAGGUGAUGCAGAUGAAGCUUCACAUAGUUGCUUUGAUUGCCCAGAAGGGAAACUUUUCCAAAACGUCAGCUCAGAUUGUGUUAGACGGCCUUGUGGACAAGAUUGGAGAUGUGAAAUGUGGAAAUAAUGCGAAAGAAGCCAUGACAGCAAUGGCUGAGGCUUGUAUGUUGCCGUGGACAGCGGAGCAGGUUAUGUCAAUGGCUUUCUCACAGAAGAAUCCCAAGAACCAGUCAGAAACUCUGAAUUGGCUAUCAAAUGCAAUCAAAGAAUUUGGUUUUUCUGGGUUGAACGUCAAAGCUUUCAUUAGUAAUGUGAAAACCGCUCUUGCUGCUACAAACCCAGCUGUGAGGACUUCCGCCAUCACCUUACUUGGUGUGAUGUAUCUGUAUGUUGGUCCUUCUUUGAGAAUGUUCUUUGAGGAUGAGAAGCCUGCCCUCCUGUCACAGAUAGAUGCAGAAUUUGAGAAGAUGCAGGGACAGAGCCCACCUACCCCAACCAGAGGGCUCUCCAAGCACAGCACAGCAGGUACUGAUGAAGGAGAAGAUGGAGACGAACCAGAUGACGGGGGCAAUGAUGUUGUUGAUCUUUUGCCAAGGACAGAGAUCAGUGAUAAAAUUACCUCAGAGUUGGUGUCUAAGAUUGGUGACAAAAAUUGGAAGAUCAGAAAAGAAGGACUAGAUGAAGUAGCAAGUAUUAUCAAUGAAGCAAAAUUUAUCCAACCAAAUAUAGGUGAACUUCCAACUGCCUUGAAAGGUCGACUCAAUGAUUCAAAUAAAAUCCUGGUGCAGCAGACGCUGAAUAUCCUCCAGCAGCUGGCAGUAGCCAUGGGCCCAAACAUUAAGCAACACGUAAAGAACUUGGGCAUUCCUAUCAUCACAGUCCUUGGGGACAGCAAGAACAAUGUUCGUGCUGCUGCCCUAGCAACUGUGAAUGCCUGGGCAGAGCAGACUGGCAUGAAAGAAUGGCUGGAGGGAGAAGAUCUGUCUGAGGAGCUCAAAAAGGAGAAUCCUUUCUUGAGGCAAGAGCUGCUGGGCUGGCUGGCUGAGAAACUACCUACGCUUCGUUCCACGCCCCAAGAUCUAAUUCUCUGUGUUCCUCAUCUCUACUCCUGCCUAGAAGAUCGAAAUGGAGAUGUGCGAAAGAAGGCCCAAGAUGCUUUGCCAUUCUUCAUGAUGCAUUUAGGCUAUGAAAAAAUGGCCAAGGCUACUGGGAAACUAAAGCCAACGUCUAAAGAUCAAGUACUGGCCAUGCUGGAGAAAGCCAAAGCUAACAUGCCAGCUAAGCCCACUGCACCUGCUAAAGCAACAUCCAAGCCAGUGGGAGGGUCAGCCCCAGCCAGAUUCCAGCCAACAUCAGCACCUGUUGAAGAUUCUGUUUCCAGCACUGUAGAAGCCAAACCUGAUCUGAAAAAGGUCAAAGUUCCAGGAGUCUCCUCUAAAGCAAAGAGUACACAAGGAAAAAAAGCACCAGGCAAAACCAACAUAAAGGAAGAUGAAGACAAAUCUGGGCCCAUUUUUAUCAUUGUUCCAAAUGGAAAAGAGCAAAGGAUAAAAGAUGAAAAGGGAUUAAAGGUGCUGAAAUGGAAUUUUACCACCCCACGGGAUGAAUACAUUGAACAACUGAAGACUCAGAUGUCUAGCUGUGUGGCUAAGUGGUUACAAGAUGAGAUGUUUCAUUCAGAUUUUCAGCACCACAAUAAAGCCCUGGCUGUCAUGGUCGAUCACUUGGAGAGUGAAAAAGAAGGUGUCAUUGGUUGCCUGGACCUUAUCUUAAAAUGGCUUACCCUGAGGUUUUUUGACACCAAUACAAGUGUCCUAAUGAAAGCACUAGAAUAUUUAAAAUUGCUCUUUACGCUGCUAAGUGAGGAGGAAUAUCAUCUCACUGAAAACGAAGCAUCUUCUUUCAUCCCCUAUCUCAUCCUCAAGGUUGGAGAGCCAAAAGAUGUAAUUCGGAAAGACGUUCGUGCCAUCCUGAACCGGAUGUGCCUUGUCUACCCAGCCAGCAAGAUGUUCCCCUUUGUCAUGGAAGGAACCAAGUCCAAAAACUCUAAGCAGAGAGCAGAGUGCUUGGAGGAGCUAGGGUGUCUGGUGGAGUCCUAUGGCAUGAACGUUUGCCAGCCAACCCCAGGAAAAGCCUUAAAGGAGAUAGCUAUUCACAUAGGCGACCGAGACAAUGCUGUCCGCAAUGCUGCUCUCAACACUAUCGUCACAGUAUACAAUGUCCAUGGAGAUCAGGUGUUCAAACUCAUUGGAAAUCUUUCUGAAAAGGAUAUGAGCAUGCUUGAGGAGAGAAUUAAGCGGUCAGCAAAGAGGCCCUCUGCUGCACCAGUGAAACAGGUAGAAGAGAAACCACAGCGCACCCAGAACACGACCUCCAAUGCCAACAUGCUGCGCAAGGGCCCGGUUGACGACAUGUCCUCCAAGCUCAACCAAGCCCGAGGCAUGAGUGGGCAUCCUGAGGCCACCCAGAUGGUUCGCCGAGAAUUCCAGCUGGACCUUGAUGAGAUUGAGAAUGACAAUGGUACAGUUCGAUGUGAAAUGCCAGAACUUGUCCAGCAUAAGCUAGAUGACAUUUUUGAACCAGUUCUUAUUCCUGAGCCCAAGAUCCGAGCUGUGUCUCCACACUUUGAUGAUAUGCACAGUAAUACAGCAUCCACAAUCAAUUUCAUUAUCUCCCAAGUAGCCAGUGGUGACAUCAGUGCAAGUAUCCAAGCUCUGACACAGAUCGAUGAGGUCCUGAGACAGGAAGACAAAGCUGAAGCUAUGUCUGGCCACAUUGACCAGUUUCUGAUAGCCACCUUCAUGCAGCUCCGACUCAUCUACAACACGCACAUGGCAGAUGAGAAGCUGGAGAAGGAUGAGAUCAUCAAGCUGUACAGCUGCAUCAUCGGCAACAUGAUCUCGCUAUUUCAGAUUGAAAGCCUGGCCCGGGAGGCUUCCACUGGAGUGCUGAAAGACCUGAUGCAUGGCCUCAUCACCUUAAUGCUGGAUUCUCGGAUCGAAGACCUAGAGGAAGGGCAGCAGGUGAUCCGCUCAGUGAACCUCUUGGUGGUGAAAGUUCUGGAGAAGUCCGACCAGACCAACAUUUUGAGUGCCCUACUUGUUUUGCUGCAAGACAGCCUGCUAGCCACAGCCAGUUCUCCCAAAUUCUCAGAACUUGUUAUGAAGUGUCUUUGGAGAAUGGUUCGGCUGCUGCCCGAUACCAUCAACAGCAUCAACCUGGACAGAAUUCUUCUGGACAUCCACAUUUUCAUGAAAGUCUUCCCCAAGGAGAAGCUGAAGCAGUGCAAAAGUGAAUUUCCUAUAAGGACCCUAAAGACGCUGCUGCACACCUUAUGCAAGUUAAAAGGCCCCAAGAUCCUGGACCACCUCACGAUGAUUGACAACAAGAAUGAGUCGGAGCUGGAGGCCCACCUCUGCCGGAUGAUGAAGCAUAGCAUGGACCAGGCUGGGAGCAAGUCUGAGAAGGAAACUGAAAAGGGCGCAUCGAGAAUCGAUGAAAAAUCAUCAAAGGCCAAAGUGAACGAUUUCUUAGCUGAGAUUUUUAAGAAGAUUGGCUCUAAAGAAAACACUAAAGAGGGCUUGGCAGAGUUAUAUGAAUAUAAGAAGAAAUACUCGGAUGCUGAUAUUGAACCAUUUUUGAAAAAUUCCUCGCAGUUCUUUCAGAGUUAUGUUGAAAGAGGCCUUCGGGUGAUUGAGAUGGAGAGGGAAGGCAAAGGCCGGAUUCCCACUUCCACAGGCAUCUCACCUCAGAUGGAGGUCACCUGUGUGCCCACCCCUACAAGCACAAUGUCCUCCAUAGUUAACACAAAUGGAGAAGAGGUGGGACCAUCUGUCUACCUGGAAAGGCUAAAAAUCCUCCGGCAGAGAUGUGGGCUGGACAACACAAAGCAAGAUGACCGGCCUGCGCUGACGUCUUUGCUCUCUAAGCCCACGGUGCCCACAGUGGCCUCCUCCACAGACAUGCUGCACAGCAAGCUGUUCCAGCUGCGAGAGUCUCGCGAGCAGCACCAGCACUCAGAGCUGGAUUCCAACCAGACCCACUCCGCAGGCACCGUGACCUCCUCCUCCUCCUCCACCACCAACAUCGACGACUUGAAAAAAAGACUGGAGAGAAUAAAGAGCAGUCGCAAAUGAAGCUGCCAUCUUGGCCCCCCGCAGCUUUAGGUUACUAACUAGACGCCCUCAUAGUGUGGCGUGGCCGCACAGGCCGAGUGUGCACAAAGUGGCUCUAGGUGUGGGCCAGCAGAGGAGGGGGUGUGGCCACCCCGUCCCCACACGCCCACAGCCGUCUGUGGAUUAGUUAGUGUACAGACUUGUAAACAGCUGCCCCUCAGCACACACUAGUCUCCAUGGCUUUUUCUGUUCUUUUCUUUUUGACUGCUCAUUUGUAAAAUUGUCCUAAUCUUUCCUGGCUUUUAACUAUUAGAACUCUUUCAUAGUUUUUCUUUGAGUUUGUGAUCUCUUCUCCCUGUAGCCCCGGAGGGUCACUGAAUUCUGUAUGAAUGCAUGGCAUGAAGCAACUAAUUUAAGAGUCUUUUAUAAAUAAAGUUUGCAUUAACUAUA